UGUUUUGUUUAUAGCAUCGCCGUACGCUCGAUCACUCAUAAGAUCAACGAGAGCAACAGAGAGUGCACGCACCACCGUUCACCCGGGAUCAUUAGACUGUUGGUUUGCGUUGAGUUGCUGUGGAUAAAUCUGUUACGAGCCUGGAAGCGACAGAAUGAGGCACAAGGGAGACAACUCGUGCGAAAUCGAAGAACGGCUUGCUCGGGCAGCCGAGACAAGCUUGAAAACUAAAUCGAUUUCUCCUGUCCUGAGAGAAGAACUGAGGCUGUCUAUCUUAAACAGACGUCACGCCAACGGCCAGGAGCAACUCGCUGUCGAGUUCAAGGAGCCAGAAAAACAUGAACUGACACCUACGGAGAUCGAAAAGAAAGUAAGAAGACGCGAGCAGAAUAGGCGCGCAGCUCGACGGUGUCGGGAGAAAAAGAAACGAAACCAGGAAGGGACGUUUGAGGGUUUGGCCAAAGUGAUCGAGGAAAACCAAUCUCUUGAGGCCGAAAUAAAUCUGCUGAAGUCUCAAAAAGAUGCCAUCAAAACGUUUUUGGACUCACAUGGUGUUUGCGGUUCCGUGAAACAGGAGGCAGUUGACAUCAUGUCCUCUGUAGUCGCGGGUAGCGCUGAUGUCACUGGCGACGGCCCCUCGAGGGGGAGCAGCGUAGCCACACCCUCACAACCGUAUGACGCUCCACUGUUCGUACAACCAGACCAGAUAGUUAGUGAAGUCACAGAUUCCCUACCUCAAGCCGUUGUCGACUUUUGUCUCGAACAUUCCACAAAGGACGAAAGUCUCUUUUUCGACUGUGGAUCAGACAUGCGCAGACAGACAGUUUCUGUUUCGAGCGUUUCGUCAGAAGCUGAUGUUUUCGGGAUGGAAAGUGACACUGACACUAUUUUAACGAACGAUCAAAGUGGACUGUCGGAAUGUUCCGAGGAUGAAGAUGUGUUCCAGCAGAGUGAUGUUUGGGGCCUCACCGGAACUCAUGUGUCGCUGAUACAUGACAAUCCGAGUUGUCUCUCCUUGAGCUCCUUUGGGGCCCUCUGUUCCCAAAUAUCUAGCGAUGGGAGUGACGACGCGUCUUAUAUGACGUAUUUUAACUUGUCAGAACCGUAGAAAUAUCAGAAACACUCGUCUUCAUUUGUACAUUCUUGCAAACAUUUCAGGGUGUGUUGUGCACCACCACUGUCAUUUAGUUAUUGCCCAAAUGUUUUGUCAAAGCUACUGAUUUGAACAAUUGUCACGCACUCGUAACUGCUCUGACAUCAUCAAUUAGUGUUCAGCAUUGCCCUUACACCUACGUUAACGUAUUUACUUCCACGAUGGACUUCCUCGUCGUAAUUCUCAAAUACCCAUAAAGUGUUCAAAUAUCCUGUUGGAGGGAAAGGCUCAAAACUUUCUUUUUUGUUUUACGAACUCUUGUCUCAGUUGUUCAUCGUCUCAGUUCAUCGUGUCCAAUUUGAUAUACCAAGUUCGUAAAUUCAUACACAUUGAGGUAUCUCCGGUCAUCGUCGGUGCCUGAAACUGUUGGCACUCGCUCAGACUACAGGGACAAUACCUCGGACUGACCAUGUUUUCGGGCCUUGUAGUUACAUAGCUUAUUGUACCACAGCGCAGAUGUGUACAUAUAAUAGUUUCCAGUGACAAUGGAAUGGCAACUUCCUGUACAUACAUGACCUGCUUGCGCACAGAUAAUCGACUUCGCUUCAAAUGCUAAUCAUAUCCCGUACAUAACGUUCUUCCUGACAGAUCCUUGCAGUCACCCGUGGCUGAUACUCGCUGAUUGUCUGUUGUUGUUAACUGCUGGGGACAAAGGAGGGAGAAUGGAGAACCCUACUACACAUCACACCAGGAUACCCGGAUAAACACACAUUCGGGUACCCUGAGUACGACACGACCAACACAACGUUCGAGUAUCUGACUUCAAAUUUAACAUGACUUCAAAUAACCCGAAUAACACGACCAUACUUCCGGGUGCCUUAAUAACCAGACUACACACAGCUGCAGGGCACCUGAUGACGUGUCACCAGUACAACUACCAGUACCAUCAAAUCACCCCUCAGAUCCCCAGUCCCACACAAGCCAGUGCGCCUACAUAUGUAGGAGUUUCUGACGCUGCGAUGUCAUACAUUCCGUAUUCAUUAUGUAUAUGAAUAAAAGAUGAAAUAAAAUGUUCAAAUUCUUA